AUGAACACUUCGGUCUUCGCGGUAUCUUUGAUACCGAUGCUGGUGCGUUUUCUGAUGCAGCACGGCAUUGAGGGCCUGCGGCGCGAGGCUAUGGUGGUCUGGAACGAGCAGCGACACGGCAAGGCGAGCCUCAAGACGGCCGAGGACGAGGAGGACACGGUCGCGGGCGAGCGGCUGCUGGUGGACGAUGAGCCGAGCCUGGAAAUGGAGGGGUUCGAGAUGACCAAGCCCGUGGAGCGGCUGACGUUCCGGGAGACGGCCAUCAUCAGCCUCGAGUUCUGCAUGCUGUGGUUCUUUGCGAACUACUUUGCGUCGGCGUGCCUCGAGUACACGAGCGUCGGGAGCGUGACGAUCCUCAACUCGACGAGCAGCGUGUGGACGCUCGUCUUCUGCGCGCUGAUGGGUGUCGAAGGGUUCACGCUGCGCAAGUUCAUCGGCGUGCUCGCGUCGCUGACGGGCAUCGUCCUCAUCUCGACGGUGGACCUCUCCGGCUCGAGCGACGAGAACCGCGGGUCGUUCCCGCACAAGACGACGGCGCAGAUCGCCAUCGGAGACAUGAUGGCGUUUGUGAGCGCCAUCAUCUACGGCCUCUACGUGACUGUGAUGAAGAGGCGGGUCGGCAACGAGGACCGGGUGAACAUGCCGCUCUUCUUUGGUUUGGUCGGCCUAUUCAACCUGGUCUUCCUGUGGCCGGUGUUCUUCAUCCUGCACUUCACCGGGAUGGAGCCAUUCGCCUUCCCCCCCACGGCUAAGAUCUGGGCCAUCGUCAUUAGCAAUUCGCUGUCGUCCUUUAUCAGCGACAUGUCGUGGGCGUACGCCAUGCUACUCACGACACCGCUGGUGGUGACGGUAGGCCUGUCGCUGACGAUCCCGCUGUCGCUCGUCGGCGAGAUGAUCCAGUACUCGCAGUAUUCCAGCUGGGUAUACUGGGCCGGCGCGGCGGUGGUGCUCAUCUCCUUUUUGUUCAUUAACAACGAGAGCCACGAGGAUGAGUCGGGUGAUCAUGGCCCGGAGGCAGGAUCCCGGGCGACACACUCAUAG